GCAGACGGUAGAUCCGGGUUUUAGCGCUCGUUCGUGGAGUCAGGAUUGUAAAGCUCUGUAGGCCGCAGUGUCUAAGAUCAACAACAACAACAUGGCCGAUGAUUUGGACAUCGAAGCAAUGCUAGAGGCUCCAUAUAAAAAGGAUGACAACAAGUCCAUAAGUACCAAUGGGCACGAGGAGCGGAGCAAGAAGAAAAAGAAGAGCAAGAGUCGCAGCAGGAGUCGGGAGAGGAAAAGAAGCAGGAGUCGCGAUCGCAAGAAGAGUCAUGACCACAGGAGGAGCCGCAGCAGAGAGCGGAAGCGCAGCCGCAGCAGGGAGAGACGCCGCAGCCGUUCCAGGAGCAGGGAGCGUGGCGGUCGCUACAGAGCUCCAUUUGCUCCUGAUGAGUGUGAAAAUGUCUUCCAGAGAACAAUUACUAAGUAUGCAGAGGAGUUUAGCUGCCAUCCCGAUUUAUAUCUGUUUUCUGGCCUGAAAUUUAACGGUGGUCCCAGGGGGAAGACUGGCCCACCACCUGUCAUCAAACUAAGCCGUAGAAGGUCUAGAAGCCGCAGUCCUUUCAAGAAAGACAAAAGCCCUAUAAGACAGCCUAUUGAUAAUCUCACCCCAGAGGAAAGGGAUGCGCGCACAGUGUUCUGCAUGCAGCUGGCAGCUAGAAUCCGACCACGAGACCUGGAGGAAUUCUUUUCUGCAGUGGGAAAAGUGCGAGAUGUGCGAAUCAUCUCUGACAGAAACUCCAGAAGAUCCAAAGGAAUUGCUUACAUUGAGUUUGUAGAUGCCACCUCUGUACCUUUGGCAAUAGGCCUAUCCGGUCAAAGACUUCUCGGAGUACCGAUCAUUGUCCAGGCUUCACAGGCUGAGAAAAACAGAGCAGCUGCAUUGGCCAACAACUUACAGAAGGGCAGUUCAGGACCUAUGAGACUGUAUGUUGGCUCAUUACACUUCAACAUCACAGAAGACAUGCUCAGAGGCAUCUUUGAACCAUUUGGAAGGAUUGAUAGUAUUCAACUGAUGAUGGACAGUGAAACCGGACGAUCUAAAGGAUAUGGCUUUAUCACGUUUGCUGAUGCCGAAUGUGCUAAGAAGGCUCUGGAACAGCUUAAUGGCUUUGAGUUGGCUGGCAGACCGAUGAAAGUGGGACAUGUGACGGAACGCACUGAUGCCUCCACCGCCAGCUCCUUCCUGGACAAUGAUGAGCUGGAGAGGACCGGUAUUGAUCUGGGAACUACGGGAAGGCUUCAACUUAUGGCCAGACUGGCUGAAGGUACUGGUCUGCAGAUCCCACCCGCUGCACAACAAGCCCUUCAGAUGAGUGGCUCCAUGGUAGCCAUGGCUGCAGCUACUGCUGCUAUGAACCCUGGAUUGAGUUUUAACAUCAACGUGCCCACAAACCAAGCUUUGAAUCUACCAUCGCAACCAAUUGCAACACACUGUUUCCAGCUGUCUAACAUGUUCAAUCCAAACUCAGAAAAUGAUCCUGGUUGGGAAAUCGAAAUUCAGGAUGAUGUCAUUGAAGAGUGCAACAAACACGGCGGAGUCAUACAUAUAUACGUGGACAAGAAAUCCGCUGAAGGUAAUGUCUAUGUAAAGUGUCCCACCAUUCCUGCUGCCAUGGCUGCGGUCAGUGCGUUACAUGGACGCUGGUUUGGAGGUAAAAUGAUCACAGCAGCUUAUGUCCCUCUUCCUACAUACCACAACCUUUUCCCAGAGUCAGUGCAGGCUACACAGCUUCUUAUGCCCAGUCGCCGGUGAUCAAUCAUCCCUGGAAGACUCAACUUUUUCAGCCUUGCUCUUUUUAACUUUUGGACAACAAUAACAGUUCUGCAAGCUGUGUCACAAUUGUUUUGUUCCCUUUUAAGUUGGUUACAAAACCAGUAAGGUUAAAAUUUCACUCGCAUAGUGUCCUUACAGGUCUUGGACAUUGAGAGAAGUUCUGUGGUUUAAAAAAAAAAAAGUUUAUGUACAGCCUACUUAUUGAAUUUUGUUUCUUGAUCUUUUAUUGUUCGUACAUAUUUUUUUCCCCUUCCACAUAUAUUGUCUUUGUGAUAGAUCUGAUUGGCUUGUUUCUCACUUGAGGAAGUGUACAAUAUUGCCAGAUACACAAUAUAAAAUAAGUCAUGACUUAAUCUGCAGUUUUGAUCAAACAUCAACAUAUUCAGCUUUUUGGCUCUAUGAGCUGUGGGAACUAAAUGGCUGACAAAUAUCUUUUGUGUUCAUUUAGAGGCCAUAAGGUUUAGAAACAUCUUGUUUUUUCUAAUCAAGAUUUGAUUUUUGUAAAGUCCUUGAUGAAAGUUCAUUUCAAAUAAAGCCAAGAUAACUGAAAA